UCAAAUUCAAUGUAACCCUUAUCGAAAUAGAUCACUGUCGCUGACAAUACAACCCAAAACACACACGCUUACACAAAGAUCUCACCAAAUAUUCUCUUUCUCUUCUCUAUAAAACCAAUGAACAAAAUUUACUUUUGUUCGAUCUUAGGCCAGUUUUUGUUUCUCUAAGGCUAAUUAUUGAAAUUUUAAAUUUCUUGCCCUGCUUGAAAUGGAAAAGCACCUAAACACCAUAGCUUCAUCAUCACCUGCAACAAAGCCAACGCCAACAACUUUCGUUCAGGCUGAUGCAAACACCUUCCGAGACCUGGUCCAGAAGCUAACAGGAUUCGCCAGCGACACAGAGAAACUCCCUAUUACCCUCCCUGGAAGGAUCUCUUCAAAAACUUCCCUUCCUGGUGGUGACCCAACAGGCCUACGCCGUCCACCUUUCAAACUCCAAGAACGUAGGCAACACACCAUGAGAAAGCUCGAGAUCAAGCUUGGCCUCACCACUCUACGCAACUCACCUAGUCAUUGUGUCUCUCCCAGCCAAGCUCGCCUGCUCGACUCGCCGAUCCCCAGCCCGGUGACUCCACUACGGUCUGAAUCACUCUUUUACUCGAGUUCUGGAAACGUAUCACCAUCUUCUCCUGUGGUUUCAGAGGAGGAAAAGGCGAUUGCAGAGAAGGGCUUUUACUUGCACCCAUCACCAUUAAACACGCCUAGAGGAACCCAACCACCGGAGCUCUUGACACUUUUUCCACUUAGUUCUCCUAGUCAGGAGAAACGAGAUUAGGGUUCUGUCGUUGUUAAAAAAAAAUGGUAAAAAAAUUUUUACAAACUUUUCUGUUUUCUGGGGUUUUGGAUCAUUUGUGGGUAAAAAGCGCUAUUGUUUUUGCAUUUUUUGUUUAUGGAGUUUUUGUUGUUGGUUGACAUCAUGGUUUCUUGAAAUUUAUCAGGGUGAUAGUUUCGUUGAUUACAUGUCACAUAAAUUUGCAUGCUUA